AUGUUCAUGAGAAUUUCUCCAAACGAAGAGAUCUGAAUUAAGUGUUCGGAGGAGGCAUGCAUGUAAACAAAAUUACGUCGUCUGUCGGCAAAUUUUGAUAAGUUAUUCCUCAUCUCAUUAAAGUUGCUUUGAGCUGGAUAUGACGUGUAUUCGCAGAUGAUAUUAGCGUGUAUCUGAAACUAGAAAUUGCUUCAAGAUGGUUAUAGCUCGUAAUAAGAAGAGGAAAGAUCGUGGAAAGGACCGUCGAUUUUUAAAUGGUAAAAUGAAUAAACGUAUGACAUCGAUUACAAACAAAGUUUCUGUCGGUGCCGUCGUCACAAUCGCUGUCAUUGUUUUAGCUUAUAUAUACAACAGAUAUAAAUUGGAAAAUAAUUCUCAAGUGUUGGAGAAAACACUCACAUCAUUACUUCGUGAAGAAAGCUCAGUUGCCGUUAAUCCUAACAUCAAAGUUGCCCUAGGAUUCGGUUCUUGUCAGGAUAUCAUCGUUCAAAGUAAUGAAGUUAUAUUCGACAGCGCUCCAGACAAUCCUGAACACUAUUAUUCUAUUUCCACAAAAGAACAAUUUUUAAAAGUCUUUGCGUACUUUUAUCGUUUUGGUGCAGCAGCAGAGAGAUUUAUAUCCAACUCUUCUUUUUUUGCUGAAUUAGUAAAGUUUGCUAGAGAGGCUCCAAGCGCCAGGUAUUUCAUUGGAGGAAAUGCUCCUGUGAUGGCUAAAAGAUUUUCAAAGGAAGGCUGGAAAAAUAUUUUAUUAGGUGCCCAAGUCUCACAGUCCUUGCAGAAAGAAUUUCCUCCUGGAAUUCAGAUUUCAGGACCAAUAGUUGAAGAAGAUGACAUCCAUUUGUUGCUGGAGUAUCCAUCUGGACAAAAAUGGGGUUCAUUUGUCCCCCCUAGAGCUAAUCGAUUUAUUGUUCACAAUGAUCAUCAAAAUCCGCAGUUGUCAUCUUUGGGUACUUUUGUGAAGGAAGUUGAAAAGUUCAAACCUGAUGUUCUAGUGAUUGGAGGCUUACAAAUGAUGGAUAACUUUCCUAUGCCAGAGAGUAAGCAAAGAGAUCGAUUGCAGAAAGUUCAAGAACUGAUGAAAAGCCAACCUGAUGAGAGGAGGAUUCAUUUUGAGAUGGCUUCUUUUAGUGAUGAGAAUCUCCUGAGGAACUUGGUUGAAAAUGUCAUACCUUAUGCAGAUUCUUUGGGCAUGAAUGAACAAGAACUUCCCAACUUAUAUCAAAUGAUUGAAUAUGGAAACAUUAGCCUCUUGGCUGAUUCUCGUCCAAGAAUUGCUGACAUUUUAGAUGAAAUGAGAAAAGUUUAUAAGGUACUUCAAGAAGGGUCAAUGAAUCAGGGUCAUCGUAAAUUAACAAGACUUCAUGUCCACACACUUGCAUUCCAAGCCUUUAUGGUUCAAAAGAACUCACCUUGGAAAAAUAUCAAAGCAGCAGCGGCUAAGGCAGCACUCACAGCAAACCGUCAUACCUGUGGCUCAGACACUAUUGAUGUUAACAAGGCUAAGUUACUGAUGGACGACGCCUUCACCACCAGCUCAAAACCGGGUUCACGCCGUAUUCCUUUUGAUCCAAAGGAUCCUGUGUCUUGCUGGGAUGAAAAUAAUUACACGGUGUGUAUUGCACCUGUUUUAGUCUGUACAGAUGUUUUGCAAACUGGAGGAGGGGGUGACAACAUCUCUUCGUCUGGGCUUGUGUUGCAAAUUUAAUUGUAAAUAAUAUAUAUGUAUAGAUUAACUUUUUUUUAUAUUUUGAAAGUAUUUGCUACAUUCCUAUUUUUAUUCCAAUAAGAAAAAAUUAACUACUGGCCAAUUUUUAAUUUUUCAAAACUCUAGUCAAACAUUUUGUUUCAAAUAGUAGCUAAAUAUGUAUAUUUUUUAAUUGAUUUUUGUUACCAAUUUAUUUCUGCCAUUGACAAGAAUUCUAUUUAUUUUUGUAAGGGGUUGUCAAUUGCUGAAGAUUUCUCAUUGUUAUGGCAUAUUUUAAUUCCUAACAGUUACUGCCUGCAUUUUAGUUUUAGAAACAUGUUACAUUAGAACCCCAAACAAUUGUCUUUCAUGGUAGUAUUCAUUACAAAUGAUAGUUGUGUGAAAACAUUGAAUGCGGGUGAACACAAAAUAUCAAAUAAUGAUUUGAAAAAGAAUAGAAAGAAGUAAGUAAGUAUUCUUAAUUAAGAAGUAAGUAUUCUUAAAUUAAUAAAUUUAUAAUAAAUAUGAAAAAUUUUCUUUGAAAAAAUUAUGAAAUUACUGUAAAAAUAUUUAUGAUGCUAAGAAAAAAGGGAGAAAAUGUGAAUAAACACAUUUCUUUCUUUUAAAUAUUUGGGAAUUUCAGUUUGGAUACACUCUUAUUUUCCGUUGGUAACAACAAAUUUACAACAUUUGAAACAGAUUGCUGUUCAUGUGAAUACAGAAAGGUCCCCAUUUUUUUUAAUGCUAACGUGUCCACUUUUUGUUGUUCCAUUUUGUCACCACGCACGGUAAUCAGUUAAUCAAACAAACUGGAUUCGAAUGCGAUUUCUUAUUAUUUUGGGGACCUUUUACAGAUAUAUAUUAAGAAGAUAAUGAAUACUGGAGAUAUAACUUUCAAAAUAAUCCUUAUAAUAAUUGAGUAUUCUCGUAGCUAUGCUCAACUUCUCAUCAUUAUACUAACUGAAGUUAAAUUUGCUACGCUUUCGAAGGACUAUCAGCUAUUUAUUUUUCCUUUUUUUUUAAAAAAAAUCUUGUGUUAAAAAGUUAAAUGCCGUCAUCCGAUAAAUGUUACCAGUGAUUGACAACCCUGUUUUAAAAUCAUUAGGUUGAAAAAAAACAUGUUUGACUAGUUUUUGUUUUAGCUUUUAUACAAUUUUUCCCCCUCUUGAUAUUCUUAUGUCUUGUUGAGAUUUAAAUAUUCAUGCAAUUUCUGGUGUAAAUUGUUUGGGAAGCAUUUCUUUCUUUUUAUUUUUUUCAUUGGUAUCAAAAUAAAUGCUCAAACAAUUGACAAGAUUUUAACUCUGACAAGAUUUGUUUGCAACCAAUUUUUUAAAAAAUCUUAUAUUCCCCUUUUUAUUAUUGAUUACGGAGAAAAAAUUAUGAAACAUUCCUUUAUUUCAGUACUCGACAACAUAUAUUGAUUUAAUUUUUCACUUAUUGAGCUAAAAACUUCAUGGCAUUUUUUUUAAUUAAAUAAACACAAGUUAUAUUAGUUAUAUCAAAAGCUUAAAGUAAUUUGUAAGUAUUUAUGAAUUUUCAGAAGUUAAUUAAGUAAUAUAUAAAUAAACUCUUUUAUUUAAACGAUGGAUUAAUCUUCACAAUUAAUUGUUAGAAUAUCUUAAUAGUUUUAUUUAAUGUGAAUUCUAUAAACAUUUUGUCCUUAAACGUGCCUUUCAGUUAAUAAAUGGGCAGAUUCUAGAAACGGUGGAGCAUGCUCUGAUUCUUCCUUCAAUUUGUUAAAUUUUCAAGUAAUCCAAUUUGUAGUUCUGAAAUGAUGUCAUAAUUCUUUAUUUUGCUAUAAUUCAUUUUUCAAUAUUUUAAAAUACACUCAACUCUUGACUUAAUGAAUCCUGUUGAAAACCAUAAUUGUAAUGUGAGGUUGUCAUAAUGCCAGUGUUCAAAAUAACUGUGCUUAUUUUGGCGAAACGAGACUUGAUUUAAAUAAAAAUUCUGAAACAGGCUGAAAAUUUAAUAAUAAUGCAACAAUAAUGAAAUAAUAACAACUGAUAAUUGAUAAUAACAUGUAAAAGCAUCAUUUUAAAUAGUGAAUUAUUAGAUAAAAAUACAUUUAAAAAAAUUAUUCACUGGAUUUUUAGCAGCCUGUUUUGAAAAUGUAUGUUUAGUGAACUAAAUGGGUUAUCGAUUCUCAGUAGUAGCUUGAAACAUUCCAAGCUUCAAAUUCAUGAUCACCAGCUUGUCGGGGAAGUAAAGCCAACCUGUGUACAAUGUGAAUCACAUUGCCACAAUCCUGCUAUUGGUCUCAAAAUUGUAGGCCUUAAAUUCCAUGUCCUUCUGAUCCCUUGUGGGCUGUUGUGGAAUGCUUUACUUUUAUGCCCAUUGAAUUGCAAAGUCUAUACAAUAAUGAAAUAAAAUAGCAGUAGUUAGAAUGAAUCAGAGCAUGAUCCAGUGUUCAAGAAACGUCUGAAUAUUGUAAAAUGUCUAUUCAAUUAAUAAUGUUAGUAAUAAUUUGUUUAAUCUUUUGUUGUAAAUGAUAAAUUAUAUUUUUAAUCUUAAGGGACAUAUAUAUAUAUAUAUGUUAUAAAGGGUGUCAUAUUAUGACCGACCUUAAUCUAUAUAUUUAGCAUCCUCAUUAAAAAUGAAGUAAACAAAAUUAAUGUUUAAUAAUAGACGCAAAUUAAUAUUUAAGCUGUAAAAGAGGAAAAAAAUUGAUCGUAAACUUUUGAAUCUUUGCUGUGGAAGGCGGGACUAAAAGCAAUACAAUUUUUAAAAUGGACCUAAGAAACAUAAAGGAGUUUUUAAAAAAAGUGAUAAGGAGAAACGUAGCCAGAUUUUAUCAGGCAAUGAGUUCAAUUAUGAUGUUUUUUAUCCUGUCUUCGUCACUGUUGAUUCUUUAAAUAUUCUUUUUUCCUCACUUAACUAUUAAUUUGUAACCUCUAAUGUAAAAUUUUUUUUGACCUGGAUUCUAAAAAUAUACAUUUAUGGCGGCCAUUUGUAUUUAAGAGUAUUUGUUCAUCUAAGUGAUAUUAUGUACUUAUAGUAUCAAAUAAUAUAUUCAAAAUAUGUACUUUUAUAAUGCAGUUGAUAUUAUUUUUGUAAAUGCUCAUCAAAAGUACUGAAAAUUUUAUAAAUAAUUUAGAUGAAAAGGAAAUAGAAUUGUUGAAUAUUUAAGAGCUAUAAUGCUGAGUCAAAGAGCAUAUAAAACUGAAUUUGGUUUGGGAACAACAAAAUUUUUAUGAAAUAUUUUUUUAUUCUUAAUUGAUUUGAAACAUCACAUUCCUUUAUUUUUUAUGCAUUUUUGUUGCUUUAGUUGUUAACAAAUGUUUAUAUAAUGUUUCAUUUGAAAAAAAGAAUUUAAGUUCUGUUUAAUCGAACUAAAUUAAUGGAAUAUUUAAAAAAUUAUGGUUGAAGAUCGAUGAUAAAAAAUUCUUAAAAAAUUUUAUUCCAUGUCAUUCCAUUAUUAUUUACUCUGUUGUUCAAAAAAUAAAACAAAAUCUUAUUGAAUUUCAUGAACAGAACAAUUUCUUUCUUACCUUAUUAAUUUAUUUCUCUUUAAAACCGUUUUUAAAUUUGUUAAUUUAAGAAUUGAAUAAAAAUUUUAUUAGGAUUAAAUUAAUAUUUCUUCUGUAACGUAAUAACACAUAAGUUUAGCUUUCAAAAUUUUGAUAUUUAAGUUACUAUCAAAAGCAACUCAAAGUAAACUGCAGAAGUUUUAAGAAUAUAUAUAUAUAAUGCAAAGACAUGAACCACGAAUACAAAAUCAUUGAAGAAAAAGAAUAAGAUGCGACAAGUUGCGACAUCACCAAGCUGCUAAUGUCACAGCUGAAAGAAUAUUUUAGGAUGAAUUAAAAUGAGCUAUUAUAUAUAAUAUAAUAGUUAUUAUAUUAUAUAUACCUUAUAAGGGAACUAAAAGUAUCAGCACAGCAGAAGAAAACCAAAACCAUUAAUAAAGAACAAACUACACAUCACCUUGUGAAAGCGGUAUUGGAAAUAGCUACUAGUAGUUUGUUGUUUUUUAUUUAUGGGUUUGGUUUUUUCUGCUGUGCUGGUACUUUUAGUUCUCUUAUGAAGUAAUAACUUAUUUUAAUUUUAUUUCACAUUAAAAUAUUUUUCUUUUUUUUUGUAUUUAUUUAUUGUGCUAUAUAUUUAUAUAUUGUUAAAGCUUAAAAUUCCAACAAUGUAUGCUUGACUGAAAGAAGCUGCUAAAUAAAAUUAUAACUCUUAGAAAAAAUUUAACUCUAUUAUUGUUUAUUAAAAUCUCACCACCCAAUCAAGGAACUAUAUUCAUUUUAUACUUCACCAUCUGUGUUGUUUUUAAGUUGUUAAAUAGAUCGGAAUUAAUUUUUGAUGGACCUACAUAAAAUGAAGAAGCAAUAAUUCUUUUUUCUUUCAUUUUUUUUUUGAGAAAGAAAAAUGUUUUUAUUCUUUUACACCAUUUGUAAAAUAUUAAAUUGAAUUUUAUAUAUUUCUAAAGCCUGUUGUGUUAAGUGAACAGUAUUGUUCAAUGCUGAAAAGAUCAGUAUAUGGAUAAUUGCUGUGUUGGCAGAGAGUUGACACUAUCCCAAAUGGAUUAAUCUAUGAACUUAGGAAAUUGUAUUUUUUUAAGUUCUUUUCUUGUGUGAUUAGGCAUUUUUGCUUCUUAAAAAUGAAUACAUUUUGCUUGUACUUCAUAAUCUUGUUAAAUUGCUUACCUUGUAUAUAAUGAUUGUUUAUCCUUUAAAAAAAAUUAAUUAUAACUGGCUACGGCACCUAUGUAACAGCUUGAAAUGACUGCAAACAGUUAAUACUCAAAAUGUUAUUUUUGUUGUUGAUUUUUUGUUUUCUCGUGUUGUCCCAUGCUAAAUAAUUAUGAAAGUAGUUGCAAUUUCCUUUAAACACUUUAAUCUUUUAGCUGUACAUAAAUGAAUGACACAUACUAUGUUGUCACGGCAGAAUAUAAUUCAUUAACAAAAAAAACAAAAAAUGGUUGAUAAUAGUUAUACAUGUAUUCUCAGACCACUUCUGCUCGACUUCACGUUCAGGUCGUCGGGCUACCGAAGCGGGGGUGCCAUCCCCUCUGCAGAGGAUCAAAAAUGUGAUGGCAUGUCUUCGGAUCAUCCUCAGGGAUGUUUCCCAGACAGUCGCCAAUAGCCCAUUGUGCAGCUCUAGUGCGACUUAAAUGAACUACAACAACAACAACAGACCACUUCUGCAUUGCUUGAGAAGUCAGUGAGAGCUUUGGUAAAAGCAUUCUAUGGCCGUGUUGGCCUGCCAUGUACGUAUAGGUCUCUAGCCAAGGGAAAGACAGGUGGGGCGCUAGCAGACAUUCCCCCCUCCCAGAAUAUUUUCAAAAAAAUAAAUGGUAUCAAAUAAAGUUAAUAUGUUAUUUAUACUAAUUUAUAUAAUUAUUUAUUCUAAUAUUUUACUUUAUACCCAGCUUUAAACAGCCAACCUAUUUUUGGGUUUAUGUCUAUCAAUGUUUAACUCCAUAGCAUUGUAAUUUAGUACCUAACCCCGAAGACAAGAUAAUUAAUAUAUCAAACAUUGGGACCCACUAACCUUCGUGGAAGACUUUUUGAUGGAACUGACCCACAUUUGCGUUACUUAGAAUGGAAAACCUCCCAUGGUUUAGCCCAUCGGCAAGAGGAUUCUAACCCAUAAUUCAUCUACCGCUGAGAAUAUUUAUACGCCUGGCCAGGAGCAGAAUUUUCUGAGCCAGUAGCGGAAUUCGUAUCAACCAGUCAUCAAGUGGUUUCAAAUUCGGAUGGCACGCACUCUAUCCCUUGAGCCAUCAUUAACCUCUUUAGAGACAUCGAAGCUCACGUUCUUCACUUACCUGCCCACUGGUAAUACACCAAUAGUUAAUCAGUUGCAGAUAGCAACCAAUAGGAAAACGUUUCUAUUGGGUUAUGGAUAUGAAUCUUCCAAUAGGAAUGUUGUGAAUGGCGAUUGGUUUAUUAAACUCAGUGAUACAGUUCAUCCUCUGGCUUGAACAUCUCUAUACUAUCUUUUAAUCAAUAUACAAAUCUGGACUAAAAAUUAUCGAUUAAAAAACAUAUGCCUACCCUACUAGUGGUGGUUUGCCCUUCUAAAUGGAAAUGCUAGCAACGAGCCAGCCUGUGAACAAUGAUAUGCAUUAUCACAGAAGAUUACAUUUGCCUCCAUUCUUUGUCUCAUCGAACAUGGCAUAGCCUGAUAUUCAUCCAUCGCGAUCAAUACAGAAAUGGCUUCUACAUUUGCUGUUACGUGCACUGUUUCUGGUCAUCUUGCACUGUGUCCACCACUGACCUCGAUAUGUCUCGAGAGUUCUUCAUUCUUGCUCGUUGACAUCACUUCCCUUCUUUCUUCUAGGAACCAUUCUGUUUUAACCUUCCAUCACUGGUGUCUGCCCUGUUUGAGGGUGGAGAAAAGAAUGGACUCUCCUCUUGCAGCCAAUGCUAUCUAUCUAUUCUGUAUGACUCACGCCUAUUUCAGCGGCUUUACCUCUUGCAUUGAUCUAUAAUUUUACUAUGUCAAUCGUUUUUGUAUGACCCGCUUACCUUCUAUUAGUUUGUCAUACUUCAUAAAUUUUUAUUAUUUAAAAAAAGAAGAGAAAAAAAAUCGUAAAAGUUGCUUGUAGACUGCUUUUGAACUGACGUCAAAUUAAUUUUGCUUGGCUGAUAUUUUUUAUCUCUCUGCCAUUUUCGAUUGAUUUCGAAAUUCUUAUUCACUUAGCACUCAAACUUAGACAUGGUGUUCUGUAAUGGUUACCCUUAAUCUGUAUUUUUACUAUCCUUAUUGUCAAAAAUGGAAACAUAUAUACAUAAAGUUAAAAGCAUAGAGUAAGCAUGGAAAAUAAUAUAAUAAAGAUAAAUGAAAAGUGAGAG